AUGACAUCAGAAACGACAACAAUCAAUGUCGCUGAUACCACUACUCCAAUUACAGUAACGACAAUCCACUGUAACAUUGAUAAAGAAUGCCCAAUUAAAUAUGUGACUGUGUACAAUGAUCGCGCCGAAAUAACACGUUCAUAUACCAAACAAUUUGAUCUGGAUGGAACUUAUGAAUUGAUACUGGAUGGAUUUUCAACCUAUGUCGAUCAAAAUUCAUUUCAUGUCAAAGGAGGUACAGGGAGAGCAACCAUUCUUGAAGUUUCUUAUCAUACACGAUACGAAAAAGUCCAAACAGAUACAACAGCAGCUGAAACAAAACGUGAACAAAUACAAAAGCAAGUUCAAGAUUUAGAUAAUGAUAUUGCACAACAUCAACAGGAGUUAGAUCGUAUCAAUAAAAAUCUCAAUUGGUUAGACGGUCGUGCCAAACAUUUAAUGAACAAUACUGAAAAGAGUGAUAAUUCUCUUCAACAGACGGAACAAUUUUUAGAUUUUUAUUAUCAAAAAUUGAAAACAUUCGAUGAGAAUAAAAUGAUUGAAGAACACAAAGUGAAAUCAUUAAAUGAACAUCGUGAGACCUUGAUGAAAGAUUUAAACACGUAUGGCUCCACAUUAUCGUCAACAGUAGGGAAUGAACAUCGUGAGGUCACAAUUCUAUUGAACGUGCAAGAUAACAAAUGUGUGGUUAAUAUAGAAAUCUCCUAUCUCAUUCUAAAUUGUUCAUGGAAAGCCAGUUACGAUGUACGAGUGAUAAGUGAAAGUAAAUUGGAACAAACACAACUUACGUACUAUGGAAUCAUUACGAAUCAGUCGAACGAAAAUUGGCUUAAUACACAAUUCUCCUUGUCAACAGCUACACCAUCCUUGAGCGGAACACCACCAAAAUUAUCAACGUUGAAAAUAGAUUAUAAACGACCUAAUUAUCGUUCGUCAUCAGUAGAUUACGAUCGUUUGAGUUCAUUGGAAUGUAAGGCUGCAUCUAUGUCUUUACAAUCCGCUGCAUUUUAUCAUAGAAGAUCAGCAACAUUGAUACCAAAACUAUCUUUGGGUAAUAAUUCAAAGGCUUCUGAAUCGAUGUUUGCAAUUGAUGAAAAUACGGAUGAUGUUGGAGUACUCGUAUCCAAAGCUGAAACAGGUUUAAGUUCAACAAGUUUUAGCAUACCACGUUCAGCUACCAUCGAAUCUGAUGGAAAACCGCAUAAAGUAACCAUUGGUGUUCUGCAAUUAGAAUCCAAAUUUACCUACACAAUUGUACCAAAACUAUCUUCGUAUGUCUACUUGAAAGCUACAACCACCAAUACAUCCGAUAAACAAUUAUUAGCCGGUCCGAUAAAUGUCUUUAUGGAUAAUGAUUUCAUUACUCAUAGUCGAAUUGAAAAUGUCUCGAUUGAUGAAAAAUUCGAUCUAUAUUUAGGUAUUGAUUCUAAUGUGAAAUGUGAAUACAAACCUGUACGCAAAAUGAAUGAAAUCCAAGGACUCAUCUCCAAAGUCAAUCAUGAAUAUAUUAAACAUGAAACAAAAAUAAAAAAUUUAAAAACAAUUGAUGUUUGUAUCUAUGUCUAUGAUCAUUUACCAUUAUCAUCGGAUGAGAAAAUUAAAGUAAAACUACUACUUCCACAAGAUAUCAGUAAAUUAAAAGAACAUUCAACAGCAUCAAUAUCAACUAUAUUAAAUGAUGAUAAUAAUGUGGAAUGGAAAUUGUUAUUGAAAGCAAAAGAAGAAUGUAAAUUACCAUUGGAAUAUUUAGUUGAAUGGCCAAAAGAUAAACAAAUUGAAUAUAAACAAUAA